AUGCUGGUCACUCGACACCUCUUGACCCCCACAUCUCAUCGCGGAGGACACACUCAGGAAAGUGCUCAGAGCAGUGCCGGCAGACAGGCCUCAAACAUGCCGGCACGUCGGCAGCAUCCUUCGGUCGUCGCAAGGCAGCUGUUUCCAGGCGUGCAGGAUGACCAAAAGGAACUGUGUGGCCUGGCAGGAUGCGGGAUGGCCCAGCACUGCAUCGAGACGACGACCCGGAGAGGUGACCUCACCACACCUUGCCAGCCUGGCCGAAAUCCGAACUUAAAUGCCUGCGAGCUCGGCUGGUUGUGCCAAGGGGUCUUCGUCGGUUGCUGCGGGGGCUGA